UGGAGACACCUGAUUGGCUGAGCAGCAGCAGGGCGGAAGUGCGUCUGAUUUCUCACAGCUGUGCAGAAAAACAAAACAAGACAAGCUGCGACUGCACCAUGAUGGAUGAGCUGGUGCAGGACCUGGUGGCUGCUCUGGAGCAAACCUCAGAGCAAAGCAAGCUGGGGGAGCUGUGGGAGGAAAUGGUCCUGAGUCCCCUGCACCGACGCCGGCAAAUCCGCCGCCGCAGAGACCGCAAGCGCUAUCGUGAAUCCUCUCUCUAUCCGCUGGAACACAGGCGAUGCUGGAUUGAGGCCUCGGAGUCCAGUUUGGACGAGACUAAAGGAUACAGGCAGAACCCUUCCUCAACCAUCGCUGCCUCUGUGGCCAACUGCAGUGACUCUGACGAUAUGACUUCAACAAACCGAUGGCGCUCCGUCAUGAGAGGCCCGGUCAGGACUAGGCAGCCCUCCUGGCCAGAGUCCGACUCCUUCACCGACAAUAAUCCAAGACGGCAUCUCAGGAGGCGGAGGAAGGUCAAACGUAUGACCUCAGAUGUCACAGUUAGGUUGCAGCGGAAGUUAAAGGUUUCUGGUGUAGAUGGGAAACGGAGACACAGGCCGUCUAGGAUGCAGCAGCUGUCAGGACCGAAGAAGAGGUCUGGUGGUUGGGUAGGAGCAGACCGACAGACCGAAGGAGCCAGGCUGAUGGGAAAGGAGUGCUGGAAAAGAAAGAUGGCCAAGGAACACAGAGAUGCAGCAGAUGAGAACAUGUCUGAGGGGGAAACCAGCAGCACAUGCAGCAGUGACCCCGGCCUGUUCACCAAUGAUGAGGGAAGACAAGGCGAUGACGAGCAGAGUGACUGGUUCUUCGAGGGGGACUGUGGAGUCGGGUCGGGUGUGGCCGGCCUGCUGCCCAGCUGGGACUCGGACAACCAGCUCUCCCUCGAGGAUAACCGUCCCCCACCCACCUUCCUGCAGCCUGCACGGCCCUCUCAGAGAGGGUAUCGGUAUCAUUCCCGUCUGAAGCGAGUGCCUGGCUCUGCCGCCUGCUGCAUCAGGAAGGACAGGAGGCGGCUUCCCAGCAAGGGCAACGGCAUGCCAGUGUUUGUAGAGAGGCUGAGACACUUCUCCCAAGAUCCUUACCAGAGAGACUUUUGGCUGCCUUCUGUUGGAAAACGAGACCGAAGCCAGUGGAACCCCUUGUGCCCAUUACCAGUGUGUCCUAUUGACAUGGUGUCAGAGAGCUCCCAUCUCAGAAGCUCCUCCUCAGUCUGCAGAAACAGGCAGACUAACGUCUCCUGUGCAUACCAGUCCCGGAGUGACAUCAGGAGGAGGAGGGAAACAGAAGCGGUGUCCGUCACAACAUCAGCUAGCAACCCAUUUCAUAAGGAUCACCAGAGAGGAGAGGCACAGGGAGCCAGGAACACCUCGACCCUAGAGGCUGUAGGACCAAGUGCACCGGGUUCACAGAGUUUAUCUUUCCUCCAGGGGGACCAUGAAGACACCUGA